AUGAGUACUUUUUCAGGUGAAAGUCAAGACGACCAAAGUUCUACGAGGCAUCGUUCACCUAUCAAAAGGAGAUCAAGAAGUCGUUCUCCUAAUGUGAGUCGAGUGAGAUCAAAACGCAUAGUCAUUGCAAACAUCCCAUAUGAUUUAAAUUGGCAAAAGCUGAAGGAGUUGUUUAGAGAACAAAUCGGGUUUACUGGAUUUCUACAGUUGUUUAAAAAAAAUGGAAAACCAAACGGAAUGGGUUUGAUGGAGUUCAAGACACUCGAAGGAGCACAAAAAGCUAUUGAGACAAUGCAUCGGUUUGAAGUUGGAGACAGAAAGUUAGUUGUUCGACAAGAGACUGCUCGUGAUGCUGCUCGCUUAGCAUCAAUGGAAGUUGACGGAGGGCUUCUAAGUGAUUCUACAAACCCCAACGAGUCUGUAAAUAUGGCAGCAACAGGACCUGUUUUUACUCCUCAAAUGUUAGGUCAGGUCGGCAUAGACGGGCCAGUCACUGAUUCUGUGUACGUCAGUAAUCUUGACUAUAGUGUAACAUGGCAAAAGCUUAAGGAUGUCUUCAAAUCGGCUGGGAAAAUUCUCAGCGCGGUUAUAAAAACAGACUCAGAAGGGAAUUCUCGCGGUGUUGGCAUAUUAAAAUUUUCGAAUGCUUAUGAAGCAGUCCAAGCAGUCAAUAUGUUUAAUAACCAGAUAUUAAAAGAUAGACCAAUGCGUGUGAAGAUUGAUCGUCAGGGUACUCCUGCUCCAGUAAACAUACUUUAUCCUCCAUCACAAAGAACAGGCUCAUCUGGAAUUCUGGGUUCCACUAGUUCAAUGAUCCCCUCCAAUCCUAUUCUGAAUGACCAGCAACAGUCUUCAAAUAUUAUUGCUGCUCUUGUGACUUUACUUGGUUUGAAAACAAAUGCCGAUUCAAAUCCUCAGAGUGGCAUAAUUGACGUUCUUCGUAAUUUGGCGUCAAAUGCAAAUCCUUCUGGGGGUCUGAAUACUUUGGGAACUACUGGAUCAUCUAAUAACUCUUCUAACUUUACUGGUCAGUCGUUGUCAUCAAUCCCAGAUGCUUCUCCAGGCUCAGGAAUCAAUCGAUCCUACUCAGGUCAACUCCCUCAAGAUGGAUUACAACAAUUAAUUUCAGCAGCUGUUGCUGGUGGAAUGUCUCAGACACAAAUAACCUCUGUAUUGUCGACACUAGGUUUAUUUCAGAAUUCUCAUUCGGAUCAUCAGUCUGGUCAGUUAAAUGCUUCAAAUAUUAUUGGUCGAGAUGGUGGUGGUGGGUGUGGUGACCGAAGCGUUGAUAGAUCACAUUUUGACAAUGGAUAUGUUGGUCGUUCAAAGUAUGAAAUUUCAGGUAAUUAUCGAGUAGAUUCUCGGAGUAGCAGACAAGAUUCAUAUAAUAUGGGUGGUUCUUUAAUGAAACCAUCAGGGUCGCCUAAUCUUUCAGGCCGUGGAAGUUACUCUAGAUCAUCUGAUCGAGGACGUGAUGAAAAUGGUCCACAACAUAACAAUGAUCGACGUCAGAUACCUGAAAAAGUAGUUGUGAAGAAUCUUCCAUUCUCAUUUGAUUCACAUGAUGUGAAAAGAAUAUUUAGAGAAGUUGGAGAUUUAAACACUUGUAAUCUGGUAACAGACGCUCAAGGCCACUCUCAAGGGAUCGCAUUUCUCACCUAUGCAGAUAUUGAUGGUAUUUAUCGUGCAAUAGAUGCUUUUGACGGUAAAAUGUUUGAAGGACGACGUCUUCGAGUGCAUGCUGAAUAA